CGGGGGCAGCGCCAUCUGACGUAGCUGAUUGAAUGACCCCAUUCCAGUACACAAAUUCCAGUGCCUCGUUUUUAAAGCUGCCUCUAAUCUAUCGUUACGCAGAAUGAAGUAGUGGGAACAGAAACAUUAUGGCUGCCAGUCUUUCCCUGACUCAGCUCUCAAAUGGAAAUCCUCUCUAUGACAAAUACUAUCGACAGGUUGACCCGUCUGGUAGUGGACGGGUGGCAGCUGCUGAUGCAGCCUUGUUCCUGAAGAGAUCAGGCCUGGCAGACCUCGUCCUGGGCAAGAUCUGGGAUUUGGCAGAUUCAGAACGCAAGGGGUGCCUUAACGAUCAGCAAUUCUUCAUUGCUCUCCGGUUGGUGGCCUGUGCUCAAAAUGGACUGGAGGUGGCACUCAAGAGUCUCAAUUUGGCAGUUCCUCCCCCAAAGUUUCAUGACACAAGCAGCCCACUUCUACCUGGGGGAGUGUCCAUUGACAGCCCAUGGGUGGUCAAGACGGAAGAGAAGCUGAAAUUUGAUGCCAUAUUCGAAAGCCUCUCCCCCGUUGGUGGAAUGCUCUCUGGGGAGAAGGUCAAACCAGUGUUGCUCAAUUCCAAACUUCCAGUGGAUGUACUGGGAAGGGUAUGGGAACUGAGUGACCUAGACAGAGAUGGUAUGCUCGACCGAGAUGAGUUUGCUGUGGUCAUGUACCUGGUCUACAGAGCUCUGGAGGGGGAGCCCAUACCCAUGUCUCUGCCUGCUACCCUUGUGCCACCCUCCAAGAGGAAAAAGCUCCCUGUCUCUGUACCCCCUGUGAUGCCCCUUUUACCCUCGCCCCCCUCCAUCAAAGAGAGACGCUCCUCCCAUUCCGGGUCCAAAACCCUUCCCUCCAAACCAGCAGCGACCCCAGUCACAUGGGCUGUAUCUCCUCCAGACAAAGCCAAGUAUGAUGAGGUUUUUGCAAAGACCGAUCUUGACAUGGAUGGUCUGGUGUCUGGGCCUGAAGUCCGAGAUAUCUUCCUAAAGACUGGCUUGCCCUCCGCCACACUAGCACGCAUCUGGGAGCUCUGUGACAUUGGGGACAUAGGGAAACUUACCAGGGAACAGUUUGCACUAGCGCUGCAUCUAAUUAACCAAAAACUGACCAAGGGUGUGGACCCACCCCAGAACCUCUGUCCUGAAAUGAUCCCUCCCUCAGACAGACUAAGUGUUGCAGCCAAGCAGAGCAAUGCAGCAAAUCUGGCAGCAGACUUUUCUGCCAUCAAGGAACUGGACUCGCUCAGCAAUGAGAUUGUCGAUCUACAAAAGGAGAAGAGCUCUGUAGAACAGGACAUUAAUGAAAAGGAGGAGCGCGUCAGAGAAAGGACCAGUGAAGUCCAGGAGUUGCAGAAUGAUGUGCAGAAGGAGAGUGGGGUGCUGCAGCGGCUGCAGUCUCAGCGCCAGGAGGUCCAGGAUGCUCUGGAAGAGCUGGACCAGCAGAAGACUACUCUGGAGGAGCAGCUUGGUCACAUCCGCCAGCAGUGCAGCCAUGAGAACCAGCUGAUCUCAUCACUAGAGGUGGAGCACGCGGAGCAGGAGCAGAGGAUAGAGGAGUACGAGGAGCAGCUGGUGCAGGCCAGAGAGGAGCUGCUGCGGCUGCAGGAGGAGACUCAGCAUUUGGAGGAGAAGGUGCAGGCAGCGCGGGAGCAGCUCACCCCCUUGCAGGAGUCUGUCCGAGACUCCUUCUCUCAGGUCUCUCAGGUGGAGCAAAAGCUGAGUGAUCUACAGUUGGAAGAGAGGACCGUCACAUCCCAGCUCAGCUGGAAGAAGGCCCUAGAGGAGGAUCCAGUGCUGGUGAAUGGUUCAGCGGAUGAGCAGCAUCAUGAGGACCAGGCAGAGGAGCUGAGAGUGGAGCCUCCAGCCAUCCAGCCACAGAUGGGGCCGGCUGAACCGAGAGAAGAACAGAUAGAAUUAGUGAAGGAGGACAGGUCUAAGACCCCAGAGGAACUGGUGCCUAAGUCUGACGCCUUCGAAGACCUCUAUAACAGCCUGUCUUCCACUACCUGGCCAGUACUACAGGACAACCCUGUGAAGGAGCACGUUAGUCCUGUUGCUUUCACUCUCCAGGAGCAGAGAAGUCCUACUUCUGAAGUUGAGCAGGUGGAAUCCCCAGACCCAGAGGGGAGACCAGAGUCAACUGAGCCUCCGCAGGCUACCCCGCCUGCCCUGCCCCCACAGACCACUCCCCCUCCACUCCCUGCCCAGCCUACUAUGUCCCCAACAACCAGCCCCCCUCCGCUCCCUGUCAUGGACUUCUUCCAGUCAGACCCCUUCAUUGACCAUGAUCCAUUUAAAGAUGAUCCGUUUGGAAAGGCAGAUGUUUCCUAUCCGUUUGGUGGAGACCCAUUUAAGGGCACAGACCCCUUUGCUGCUGACUCCUUCUUCAAGCAGUCUUUGGCUGCCCCCUUCCCUUCUGCUGACUCCUUCACCCUCGCCGACCCCUUCAGUGGCAGUGCCAGCCUAGCAGAGCCCAAUUUGUUUCCUGCUCCUCUCAACAAUGCUGCCGGAAUGGACCCCUUCAGCUCCAAACCCCAAAACAAGGCAGCCAAGGACCCAUUCAGUGCCAAGGUCAACAAUGUGGAUGCGGAUCAGUUUGGAUCCAAAAUCGACUCCCUGGCAGAGCCAGAUCCGUUUGGCUCGCAGGGCACAGCAGGCCCAGAUCCCUUCAGCUGCUCCCAGCCAGGCUCUGAGCUCCCCACCAAGGAUCUCACUGCAGCAACUAAUGACCCUUUUGCACCUGGAGGCACUGCAGUAAAUACUGGCUCUGACCCAGAUCCAUUUGCUGCCGUCUUUGGCAAUGAGUCAUUUGGACUUGGAUUUGCAGACUUCAGCGCACUGGCCAAGUCGAACAGUUGUGACCCCUUCGCCUCAUCGAACCCGUCCAACAACAAGAACCUGUUUAAGGAGGACAGCCAGCCCAGCAGCCCAGAUGUUCCGCCAGCUUUGCCCCCCAAGACGGGAACGCCCACCAGACCUCCGCCUCCACCCCCAGGUAAGAGAUCCUCCAUCUCCAGAUCAGAGUCGUCGGAGUCUUUCCACAGACGGGGACCAUUUCUGCCCCAGGGCUCAGGAGAUCCCCCUUUCUCCCAACCUGCCAAGGACACUGCCCAGGACCCCUUCGCCCCAUCCUCACCCCGCCAGCCUGCACGGGACCUUGACCGAUUUGCCAGCUUUGACAAACAGCAGUACCCUACCGAGGAGGACAUGAUUGAGUGGGCGACGAGGGAGAGUGAGCGGGAGGAGAAGGUGCGCUUGGCCAGACAGGCACAACAGGAACAAGAGGAUCUGGAGCUGGCCAUUGCCCUGAGCAAGUCAGAGUUCUCCUGAAAGACUCUGGUCACCCCUUGUGACCCAGCACGCACCAAAGGAAGGAAGGAGUGAGGGAUGGGGAAAACUGAACUAAAGGGACUACUAUUUGGUCCCAAUGAAGAUAAUUGAGUAUUUGCUCCUCGCUCCUACCCACCCACCAACCCCCACAAUUCCACCAACUGUCUUUUGUUUCACUCACAAUUGGCAUUUUCAGAGUUUGUCUAUGUAAUAACAAAUCCUCAUGUUUAUUUUUGGUGUUUGGCUGAGUAGUAGGUAUAGAGAUGAUUGGCUGAUAGACUUCAGUAGUCCUCCUGAUACAAUCUCCAUGUCUAUACUGUAUGUGUAGCUGUAAUGUCCCCUCAUUUCAACUACACAGACCACAUUGCUAAUAACCAACUGCAAAAGUUCAGUCCCCAUCUGUAUUGCUCUUGCCUACUCCAGACCAGAUGGUAUUGAGCUCUUUAAAAAAUAUAUUGACUUUAUAUGAUUAACUCUAACUAGAUAGAUGAGCAUUACUCUUUUCCUAAUUCAUCUGGGUGAAAACCAAUGUCAAAUUAGAAUCCAUAUGUGAUCAAGCGUUGCCUGGAGCAAGUGACCUUAGUAGUCGUGCAAGUUGACUGCUCUGUGGUUGCCCCAUUGAUGACAACCCCAAUGCAAAGAAUUCCAGUAGUCUGGUCUUUCUGGUUCCUCACGUGUGUAGGUGAAAAAGGCUACUUUACAUUUUGAUCAUAAUCUUUGUGCAAACCAGAAAGUUGUUAACCUUUUUGCUCAACUCUCUUCAAAGUACCCUUAAUUAAUAUGUAUGUGCCAAACACCAGGCAAUGAACAAGAAUCACAUGGUUGUACAGGUGCUAAAAAAGAACUAAACCAGUAAAACCACUUAUGUCCAAACCUCUGCAUGUAGCCCCAAAUGUAGGCCACUUUUAAUGAUCUUGAUAUAUAAUCUGCCCCUUCCAACACUACGCACCAGUACAGUCAAAAGACGAAGAACAUGACUAAACUAUUUUAUUUUGUGGUUCAUGAAGUAAUGUUGUGUUAAAUAUCAGAUGUCAAGAUUUUGGAAAGUAGGUCGGUUGUACAGGAAUAUUAUUGAAAUGUAUUUUAAGUUGAAAGAUAUAAUGAUUGAAUUGUUAGCUACAAACUUGGAUACAUGUGUGAAAAUACUUCUUACUAGAAUAGCUGGUUUUGCGAUCUUCUGUAAUAUCUGAUUCCAAAUGUCACUAUAAUCUACAACAUAUGACACCUUGUCUCAUCUCUUUAGAGAUGCAAUAGUUUAGUCAUGUAUUCUGGAUAAAGGAGUUUUUCCUGUACUCUUGCUCAGAAAUACUCCUGGCCCCACUAUGGAAAAUUCUCCCUUGUUUUAUAUACACUGCAUUUUCAACACGUCUAGUUUUAGGUGAAUACAGCCGUCAGUAGGGGGUUCCGUUGUAAAGCAAAUGGCUGUCGCUGCUCAUGUUAGUGUAAAGCUACGCAUCUUUUUUUGUGUGUGUGUUUCACUGAAGUGAUUCCACAGUGUUUGACUGCAUUUCAAAGUCUUAACUGAGGAAAGUAUCCUUUGCCUGUUUGUACAAAGGCUGUUCUUCUGUCUGAACUUCAGUCACUUGGGGGGGGGGGGGGGGGUUACUUACAAAGCCCUGUUGUGUUGGCAAGGAGAGGCCGAAUUGGAAAUUAAAUUAAGGCAUGUUAACAUCUCAAAGCAUACCAUUAAAUGUUUUUUUUUGUUUGAUUAUUUGUUUUCAGAUGAAAUGAGACUGUCACUAAUCAAGAGGGCUAUACUGUGAACGUACACUGUUGACAAGGGAAAGGCAAGGCGCUGGAGUGAUAUGGGCUGACUGUUUUCUGACCAAUGCACAACUUCUCCUGCUUUUCAUCCAGGUUGUUUGAGUUCAUCAGUAGAGAGCAUUCUGUAAAUGAGCUUUGUGGUCAGUUAUGACUUUCUAGUGUUUUUCAUUCAAUACAUGGUUCUGUUUGUAAAUACAAUGGAGUUGUCCAUUCUCCUGAGACCACGGUUUCUUUUAUACCCUCAUCUAAUAUUUAAAGGCUAUCAAAUACUAUUGAUCAUUUGUAUUGACUUCUCUAUUUUCAAAUUACAAACCACUUUUCUUUCUAGGCCGUCUACGUAUAGGCUUUUAAAAACGGGCUAAUUGUAGGCCUAUUUUAGUUAAACAUUUAAACAUGUCAGUAUUGGGAGUUAUGGUCAGAAUAUGGUAUGUGCAACAUUUUAAUUGAAAACAGAAUAAUAAAUAUAAACGUCUCAAACACCA